AUGUCUAACGCCAUAUACCUGGCAAUGCGAGUGCUGCGUCCUAGACCUACGAAGGCAGAGAAGAUACCGGUGAACAAAGUACUCGAAGAUCGCACCGAGGAAAUACUGAGUGAAUUUGACGCGUUUGAACACUAUUUCGCAAGACGGGAAUCUUGGGGCCUUCUAGCUGACAAGAGACUUAUGGCUAUAAGCUUUAGAGCAUAUAAGGUGAAUGCUAGUGAUCUGGCUCCAACGGCUCCUCCGAUUUUGCGACCGCGAUCUAGCUAA